UUCCUGGAGCCUCCCCAGGGGAGCUGGCCCCUGGCCCUGACAAGAUGGAGGACCUUAAAAAGCAAGCAGCAGCCGGUAGCUACGAGAUUUGAGGCGGCGCGGGACCUGUCAGCAGAAUGUGUCCUCUUUCCUCUCCCGACCCUGAGGCCACCAAGAUGAGUGCCGUGGCCCGGCCAGCGCGUGUGCCCACGUCUCACUAGCGGGAGCCCGUGGGGACGCCAGGCGCCGGGCCCCAUGGUGUGUUAGUCCCGAGGAGCCACCGAGAGCACAGGUCUCCGCAGACCCGGGAUUUGCACCGCAGCAGAGUAACCGUGGAGAGGCCAGGGUACCACAAACUUAUGGAUUUUGACAAGAAAGGAGGGAAAGGGGAGUCGGAGGAGGGCCGGAGGAUGUCCAAGGCCGGCGGCCGGACCAGCCACGGCGGCCGGAGUGCGGGGACCGGCUCAGGGGUCCUGAUGGUGGGCCCCAACUUCCGUGUCGGGAAGAAGAUAGGCUGUGGCAACUUCGGGGAGCUCCGGCUAGGAAAGAAUCUCUAUACAAAUGAAUACGUAGCUAUCAAAUUGGAGCCCAUCAAGUCCCGGGCGCCGCAGCUGCACCUGGAGUACCGCUUCUACAAGCAGCUCAGCGCCACAGAGGGCGUCCCCCAGGUCUACUACUUCGGCCCCUGCGGGAAGUACAACGCCAUGGUGCUGGAGCUGCUCGGGCCCAGCCUGGAGGACCUGUUCGACCUGUGUGACCGCACGUUCACGCUGAAGACGGUGCUCAUGAUCGCCAUCCAGCUGAUCACACGCAUGGAGUACGUGCACACCAAGAGCCUCAUUUACCGAGACGUGAAGCCCGAGAACUUCCUGGUCGGGCGCCCGGGCACCAAGAGACAGCACGCCAUCCACAUCAUCGACUUCGGCCUGGCCAAGGAGUACAUCGACCCCGAGACCAAGAAGCACAUCCCGUACCGCGAGCACAAGAGCCUGACGGGCACCGCGCGCUACAUGAGCAUCAACACGCACCUGGGCAAGGAGCAGAGCCGCCGCGACGACCUGGAGGCGCUGGGCCACAUGUUCAUGUACUUCCUGCGGGGCAGCCUGCCCUGGCAGGGCCUCAAGGCCGACACACUCAAGGAGCGCUACCAGAAGAUCGGGGACACCAAGCGGGCCACUCCCAUCGAGGUGCUGUGUGAGAGCUUCCCAGAGGAGAUGGCCACGUACCUGCGCUACGUGCGGCGCCUGGACUUCUUCGAGAAGCCGGACUAUGACUACCUGCGCAAGCUCUUCACCGACCUGUUUGACCGCAGCGGCUUCGUGUUUGACUAUGAGUACGACUGGGCUGGGAAGCCCCUGCCGACGCCCAUCGGCACGGUCCACACCGACCUGCCUUCGCAGUCUCAGCCUCGAGACAAAGCCCAGCUACACAGCAAAAACCAGGCGCUAAACUCCACUAACGGGGAGCUGAACGCAGACGACCCCACUGCCGGUCACUCCAACGCCCCCAUCACAGCGCCCACAGAGGUGGAGGUGGCGGAUGACACCAAGUGCUGCUGUUUCUUCAAGAGAAGAAAGAGAAAAUCGAUGCAGCGACACAAGUGAGCCGGAGCGUGUGGUGCCCUGAAUCCUCUUGCUGCCCCCCUCGGGCGGGUGUGUCCACAGGUGUGUGACCCCAGCUGGGACGCAGACUGCGGGGCCGGCCAGAGCUGCCCACCCCCACGGGCCACUUCCUUCACGUAGACUUUGGCCAAAAUUUCUACACCUGUGUUUAGUCUCCCCCCGAGAGCAUUAACUAUUUAAACAAGGAAAGAACACAGCGGCCGCGGCCCCGCGCCCCCCUGCGCGCACGAGCGAGGAGCACGCAGCGCCGUCCGGCCGCCGCCCCGUUAGUGUCAUAAAGUCCAGCUUGUCUCCCUCAUCCAAAGGCCGUUUUCUGGAGGGGGCGCUGCGGGGUGUUGCUGUGGGGUGAACCCGCUCCUGGGCCUCCCGACACUAAAGGGGAUGGCGGGGUGGCGACGGCCUCCAACCAAAAUGCUGCACCAAAGCUUGGGCGCGGCGGCCACGGCCCUGGGAGCGGGUUCCUGCCCCGGGGCCGGCCUCCCCCACGGCUGCCCAUCCCGGAGGCCGUGUGCAUGGGCUGCUGGUGUCCACUCAGCGCCGCCCGCACAGCCGCAGGAGACAAGCGCCUUAAAUCCCUGUCCAGCCCCCGGGCACAUGCCAGGCAGGGCCGCCCAUGGGGGGCGCUGUCCCCGCCAGUCCCCAGAGGCCCGAGCGGCGGAAGCGGCUGGGGGCGCCCAGGCGGCGGCGGUUUCCCAGGCGCGUGUGCGUCUAAGUCUUGCUUUACAAAGUGUACAGAAAUGGCACUUCGGUUUCUCCGAUGCUUCGUGGAAGCCAUAGAACUUAGGGGCUUUUUUAAAAAAAAAUAAAGGAAAAUGAAACCCGUCCCAAGUGUGGUGUCCCGAGAGGCU